AUGGGCGGCAUGCCAUGGCUCCACUCCAGUGCAGUGCCACGGAACAAGGCUGCUCAUCACGACCCACCAUCACGACCCACCAUCACGACCCACCAUCACGACCCACCAUCACGAGCCACCAUCACGACCCACCAUCACGAGCCACCAUCACGAGCCACCCACCCGGGAGAAGUCGAGGGCGAGCACGAGGGCAGUGAGCGCAAGGUCAGUGAGCGCAAGGGCAGUGAGUGCAAGGGCAGUGAGUGCAAGGGCAGUGAGUGCAAGGUCAGUGAGUGCAAGGUCAGUGAGUGCAAGGUCAGUGAGUGCAAGGUCAGUGAGCGCAAGGGCAGUGAGUGCAAGGGCAGUGAGUGCAAGGGCAGUGAGUGCAAGAGCAGUGAGUGCAAGGUCAGUGAGUGCAAGGUCAGUGAGCGCAAGGGCAGUGAGUGCAAGGUCAGUGAGCGCAAGGGCAGUGAGUGCAAGGGCAGUGAGUACAAGGGCAGUGAGUGCAAGGUCAGUGAGUGCAAGGUCAGUGAGUGCAAGGUCAGUGAGUGCAAGGUCAGUGAGUGCAAGGUCAGUGAGCGCAAGGGCAGUGAGUGCAAGGGCAGUGAGUGCAAGGGCAGUGAGUACAAGGGCAGUGAGUGCAAGGGCAGUGAGUGCAAGGUCAGUGAGUGCAAGGUCAGUGAGUGCAAGGUCAGUGAGUGCAAGGUCAGUGAGCGCAAGGGCAGUGAGUGCAAGGGCAGUGAGUGCAAGGGCAGUGAGUGCAAGGUCAGUGAGUGCAAGGUCAGUGAGUGCAAGGUCAGUGAGUGCAAGGUCAGUGAGUGCAAGGUCAGUGAGUGCAAGGUCAGUGAGUGCAAGGGCAGUGAGUGCAAGGGCAGUGAGUGCAAGGUCAGUGAGUGCAAGGUCAGUGAGCGCAAGGGCAGUGAGUGCAAGGGCAGUGAGUGCAAGGGCAGUGAGUGCAAGGUCAGUGAGUGCAAGGUCAGUGAGUGCAAGGUCAGUGAGUGCAAGGUCAGUGAGUGCAAGGUCAGUGAGUGCAAGGGCAGUGAGUGCAAGGUCAGUGAGUGCAAGGUCAGUGAGUGCAAGGUCAGUGAGUGCAAGGUCAGUGAGUGCAAGGUCAGUGAGUGCAAGGUCAGUGAGCGCAAGGGCAGUGAGUGCAAGGGCAGUGAGUGCAAGGGCAGUGAGUGCAAGGGCAGUGAGUGCAAGGUCAGUGAGUGCAAGGUCAGUGAGCGCAAGGGCAGUGAGUGCAAGGUCAGUGAGCGCAAGGGCAGUGAGUGCAAGGGCAGUGAGUACAAGGGCAGUGAGUGCAAGGGCAGUGAGUGCAAGGUCAGUGAGUGCAAGGUCAGUGAGUGCAAGGUCAGUGAGUGCAAGGUCAGUGAGUGCAAGGUCAGUGAGUGCAAGGUCAGUGAGUGCAAGGUCAGUGAGUGCAAGGUCAGUGAGUGCAAGGUCAGUGAGUGCAAGGGGGCAGUGAGUGCAAGGGCAGUGAGUGCAAGGGCAGUGAGUGCAAGUGAGUGCAAGGUCAGUGAGUGCAAGGUCAGUGAGUGCAAGGUCAGUGAGUGCAAGGUCAGUGAGUGCAAGGUCAGUGAGUGCAAGGUCAGUGAGUGCAAGGUCAGUGAGUGCAAGGGCAGUGAGUGCAAGGGCAGUGAGUGCAAGGGCAGUGAGUGCAAGGGCAGUGAGUGCAAGGUCAGUGAGUGCAAGGUCAGUGAGUGCAAGGUCAGUGAGUGCAAGGUCAGUGAGUGCAAGGUCAGUGAGUGCAAGGUCAGUGAGUGCAAGGUCAGUGAGUGCAAGGUCAGUGAGUGCAAGGUCAGUGAGUGCAAGGUCAGUGAGUGCAAGGUCAGUGAGUGCAAGGUCAGUGAGUGCAAGGUCAGUGAGUGCAAGGUCAGUGAGUGCAAGGUCAGUGAGUGCAAGGUCAGUGAGUGCAAGGUCAGUGAGUGCAAGGUCAGUGAGUGCAAGGUCAGUGAGUGCAAGGUCAGUGAGUGCAAGGUCAGUGAGUGCAAGGUCAGUGAGUGCAAGGUCAGUGAGUGCAAGGUCAGUGAGUGCAAGGUCAGUGAGUGCAAGGUCAGUGAGUGCAAGGUCAGUGAGUGCAAGGUCAGUGAGUGCAAGGUCAGUGAGUGCAAGGUCAGUGAGUGCAAGGUCAGUGAGUGCAAGGUCAGUGAGUGCAAGGUCAGUGAGUGCAAGGUCAGUGAGUGCAAGGUCAGUGAGUGCAAGGUCAGUGAGUGCAAGGUCAGUGAGUGCAAGGUCAGUGAGUGCAAGGUCAGUGAGUGCAAGGUCAGUGAGUGCAAGGUCAGUGAGUGCAAGGUCAGUGAGUGCAAGGGCAGUGAGUGCAAGGGCAGUGAGUGCAAGGGCAGUGAGUGCAAGGUCAGUGAGUGCAAGGUCAGUGAGCGCAAGGGCAGUGAGUGCAAGGUCAGUGAGCGCAAGGGCAGUGAGUGCAAGGGCAGUGAGUCCAAGGGCAGUGAGUGCAAGGGCAGUGAGUGCAAGGUCAGUGAGUGCAAGGUCAGUGAGUGCAAGGUCAGUGAGUGCAAGGUCAGUGAGUGCAAGGUCAGUGAGUGCAAGGUCAGUGAGUGCAAGGUCAGUGAGUGCAAGGUCAGUGAGUGCAAGGUCAGUGAGUGCAAGGGCAGUGAGUGCAAGGGCAGUGAGUGCAAGGGCAGUGAGUGCAAGGGCAGUGAGUGCAAGGUCAGUGAGUGCAAGGUCAGUGAGUGCAAGGUCAGUGAGUGCAAGGUCAGUGAGUGCAAGGUCAGUGAGUGCAAGGUCAGUGAGUGCAAGGUCAGUGAGUGCAAGGUCAGUGAGUGCAAGGUCAGUGAGUGCAAGGUCAGUGAGUGCAAGGUCAGUGAGUGCAAGGUCAGUGAGUGCAAGGUCAGUGAGUGCAAGGUCAGUGAGUGCAAGGUCAGUGAGUGCAAGGUCAGUGAGUGCAAGGUCAGUGAGUGCAAGGUCAGUGAGUGCAAGGCGCCUCUCUAUGCAGGCGCCUCUCUAUGCAGGCGCCUCUCUAUGCAGGCGCCUCUCUAUGCAGGCGCCUCUCUAUGCAGGCGCCUCUCUAUGCAGGCGCCUCUCUAUGCAGGCGCCUCUCUAUGCAGGCGCCUCUCUAUGCAGGCGCCUCUCUAUGCAGGCGCCUCUCUAUGCAGGCGCCUCUCUAUGCAGGCGCCUCUCUAUGCAGGCGCCUCUCUAUGCAGGCGCCUCUCUAUGCAGGCGCCUCUCUAUGCAGGCGCCUCUCUAUGCAGGCGCCUCUCCCGUACUCGCACUGGCUAUAAGGACACGACACUGGGGGCUGCACGUCCCUCCUUCACUGCACGUAUCUCCUUCACUGCACGUAUCUCCUUCACUGCACGUCCCUCCUUCACUGCACGUCCCUCCUUCACUGCACGUAUCUCCUUCACUGCACGUCCCUCCUUCACUGCACGUAUCUCCUUCACUGCACGUCCCUCCUUCACUGCACGUCCCACGGGCUUCCCCGCCUGCACCCAGCCUCACAUGCCCUCCCUUCCCUCUCCCCAAUCCCCCUCACAUCGUCUCCCUCCCUGCCUCCCUGCAGGCUCCACGUGGCUCUUCAACGCCGUCCGCCUGCUGCUCGCCCACUCGGGCCAGCUGUCGCUCUCCUAUUGGCUGUACUCCAUCUCCGCCAGCAAGCUGCGCGCCAGGGGGCUCUCGCCACUGGGCAGCCGCGGACCUGGGGGUGCGGGGGGAGUGGAUGGGGGGCUUUCGCCAUUGGGCAGGCCCGAACCUGGGGGGGAGGGGAGAGGGGGAGUGGGGAUAGGGGGAGAAGGACGGGGGUCCGCGGAGGAUUUAGGGGGAAGAGGGGAUGGUCAAGGGGUGGGGAGGGAUGGAGGGGAGUGGGGAGGAGUGAGCGUGGUGGUGAAGACACACGAGUGGGUGGAGGGGUGGGAGGUGGGAGAGUGGAGUGGGGUGGUGCUGCUGACUGAGAGGGACGUGUGUGGCGUCGCUGACUCCUACCUCCGCGUCGGCUGGUUACCGCACAGCAUGCCUCCAGCGCUACAGCAGUGCGACCCUCUCCCACCCUCCCCUCUCUCUUUUCCUCAACCUACUGUCUCUCCUGCACUCCUGCAGUCCCAUCAGGGCCACCCGCGCAUCAAGGCGCACAUGCAGGCCUACCUGCACAUCAAGGCGCACAUGCAAUCCUACCUGCGCGACCACCAGCGCUGGAAGCAGCACGCUGCGGCCGUCAUCCCCUUCGCCUCCAUCGUGCCGCCCGGCAGCCCCUCGGAGCUGCUCUGCCUCUCCCACCUCGCUGCACUCCUGGGGCUCACCACCGUGGGAGGAGCGGCACAAGGGCCGGCACAAGGGGUGGCACAAGGGGCGGCACAAGGGGCGGCACAAGGGGCGGCACAAGGAGCGGCACAAGGGGCGGCACAAGGGGCGGCACAAGGGGCGGCACAAGGGGCGGCACAAGGGGCGGCACAAGGGGCGGCACAAGGGGCGGCACAAGGGGCGGCACAAGGGGUGGCACAAGGGGCGGCACAAGGGGCGGCACAAGGGGUGGCACAAGGGGCGCGGAAGGUUCUGGGCUAG